UCCAGCCCUUCAGCCUGGUGACGCGAGUGUACACGCCGGGCCUCCUGGCCUGAGCACAGCCGACCCCCCAGCUCACGAUCCCCGCCAGGUAAAACACCCCGGGGGCCUCCUCGCAGGCCAGGGGUCCGCCAGAGUCGCCCUGCAAGUGAAGGGAGGGGGAUGUGAGUCAGACCACCGCCAUGCUGCCCCUGGCGCGGACACAGUGACGGACGUCGGUUCUCUCUCGGUACAACGGGGAAACCCACGGAAGAGCUCGCUGUGCCCUCUCCACACGGGGCCGCGUCAGCGCAGCGGGGGCCUCAGGAGACCUGGCUUCAGGCCCACGCCCGGCUCUGUGACCUUGUGUGACCCUGAUUGAGUCACUUCUCUCUGAGCUUCAGUUGUUCUUGCUUUUGUUUUGAAGAUGUAAAAAAAAUGCAGAAAACUCUAAGUAAAACAAUAACCAUCACAGAUACUCUCACGGCUCAUUAGCCGCCAACCCUUUUCCUUAGGUUUCAAAGGAAUCACACCAGCGACCCAGGGCUUUUCUUUAAGAAUCUGGAAUCUUACAACAAAGCUGAGGCUACACAGCAGAUUGUUUUUCCCAAAGAUGGCAGGAGUCUCUCUCCCUCGGCCCACCUGCUCUUGGAACACCGAGACCUUGGCCCUCCUCCCAUGGGGCGCUGGGGGGGGGGUCGGACUGCGGGGACAGUGAUGCCAGGUGACUUCCAAAGCAAGGUCAUGCAAGUGCCAUUUGCUUCCAGCUUGCUCCGCGUUUUGAGGGGGCCGAAAUGAGCUCGGGCGGAGCCCCCGUGAGGAGGCCACGUGGAGGGUGCGGCUGAGACCCCAGCCCACGGCCAAUGCCAGCCAUGAGAGGAGAAACGCCUUCAGAUGCUUCUGGCACACCAGCCUCUGAACCGUCCCAGCUGAGGCCACCGUGCGUGGAACACACACACACCGGCCCCGCUGGGCCCACGGCAGCUUCCAACCCACGGGACCCGGGACGGAAGUGAAACGGCUGCCUCAGGCCACCAAGCUUCGGGGCGUUCUGUUACGCGGCCACAGGGACUGACACAGCCCUGCCGCUGGUCCCGGUGCCCCACCGCCCCAGGGGCGGACAAUUUAGGAGUUUGGGGUGUGUCCCGCUAUGCUUUUAUGUGAAUCUGUAAUUUUAGAAAGUAUGCAGUGUUAUCUGUAAAAUUUAUAGAAAUAGGUUACAUGUAACCUUUUGCAACUUGCUGUGGUCAACAGUUUCAAGAUACCACAUUAACUAUUACAAAUUUAUCAGUUAUCUACAGAAUAACAGAUAAAAUCUAUAUUAUGUAACUUAUUUGAUAUAAAAGUAAACAGAGAAGAUCCUCUGCAGGGCACCGUUCUUGCCGCCGCCGUCCUAGGAGAUGGGUAUGACUAUGAGCCCGUUUUACAGACGGGCCUCAGAGGCCCAGGGACGUGGAGUCGCCUGCCUGGGGUCGCAGAGCAGGAGGGCAGCCAUUUACCCCGUUUCUUUCCGCUGCUGCCCAUGGAUGCGCAUUUAUGCUGUCAUGGGUAUUCUGGUAUUAGCAGUGCCUCUGGGGGUUACGACUGAAGUCGGCCGCCACAGGGGCCCCGGCGCUUCCUGGGGCCGACUCACUGUGGGCACCGUGGGCAUCGUGUGUCUUCCUCGCGGCUCCCGUCAGGCGCUCCCUCCCCACGGUCUUGCCUCCCCCUUCACCACCCGAGCGAGCGCCCUCCCUCUGGAAGCUGAGGUCCCCGACUCCGCUGCGGGGGCUCUUGUCUUGUCCCUAGGCAUCCAUGCGUGUUUUUGUUCUACUGUCUGGAAGACUUCAUCGUCAGCUCCUGAGCGCUCCCUCUCCCCGCCCCUGGAAAAUCCCCUCCGGCGUCCCACUCCUCUUGUGGACGCAGCAAUCCGGGCAUCUCUGAGGACAGAAUGCAUUUUCCCAAGGCCACGGCACGCCCACCUGCCGGCUCACGGGACUCUGGUGGUCCUCCCCGUGGAUGCAAGCAGGCUGGCGGCCUCGCAGGCGUCACUGGAUGUGACUUCCAAGGCGAGGUCACACGACCCAGCUUCUGCCCGUUCUCUUGGGACGCUCGCACUUGGAAGCCAGGGCCAGGUCGUGAGGAAGCCCCGGGGUCCACAGCCUCCAGCGAAGCCCCGCCGUGUGAGUGCGCCGCCUGGAAGGUGGAUCCUCCAGGCCCCACUUGUGUCCCCCGAGCUACUGCUGGGACAGCAGAUAACCCCUGGGCCCUUACAAGUGCCGACUCACGAGCCCGAUACACCACUGUUGUUUCAGCUCACUAAGCUUUGGGCUGAUUGUUUACGCAAAAAUAGGAGUUACUGACACUUUCUAUCUUAUUUUGGGUUCUUUUAUUUUGUUCCUGGGAGUAUACACAUCCCCCCGAUUCUUCUUUAUCAGAAUUAUCCUGCCUUGUCAUGUGCCAUUACUUUGCUCUUUUGCAUGAAUUUUAAAACCAGCUUGCCAAGUCCUAUGGCAAACGCCACUGGAAUUUUGCCUGGAAUUGCACUGACUUACAGAAAAAAAUGGGGAGAAACGGAUCUUCAUAACAUCGAGUCUUCCCACCAAACAAUACAGUGUAUUUUUCCGUUUAUUCAGACCUUUUUAUUUUCUUCAGAGUUUAGUGAUUUUCUCCAUGAAAACCUUGAUCAUCUUUUAGAGUUUACUUCUGGACACCAGUCAGUGGGAUCCCUUUCUCAAGGAUGUUGACUUCGGCUGGAAAAAGAAACGUUCUUGACCUUGUAUGACGCUCUCGUGUGAAGCCAUGCUGUCGCACUCUCAGGAGUCGUCUUCGUCUCUCCCUUGGUUCCGUGUGUUUCUUUUUUUUAAGAUGGGUGUUUUGUUUUUUUUUUAAGAUUUUAUGC